GUGAGCCUGCUGUGGCCCGAGAGAAUAACUGUCUGAAUGCUGCCAAGGCUUGCAACCUGAACGACACGUGUAAAAAGUACCGUUCAGCCUACAUAAGCCCGUGCACCAGCCGUGUCUCCACAGCAGAAGUCUGCAACAAGAGGAAGUGCCACAAAGCCCUGCGCCAGUUCUUUGACAAGGUUCAUCCAAAACACAGCUAUGGUAUGCUGUUCUGCUCAUGUCCCACCAGUGACCAGACAGCAUGCUCUGAACGCAGGCGUCAAACCAUUGUUCCUGUCUGCUCGUACGAUGAAAAACAAAAAGCCAACUGUCUGGAACUACAGGCCUCCUGCAAGACCAACUACAUCUGCAGGUCCCGACUGGCUGACUUCUUCGUUAACUGCAUGCCAGAUCCUCGUUCACUGUCAGGAUGCCUGAAGGAGAACUAUGCCGACUGUCUUCUCUCAUACUCGGGUCUGAUUGGUACUGUAAUGACUCCAAACUACCUGCGCUCACCCAAAAUCAGUGUCUCCCCUUACUGUGACUGCAGUAACUGUGGCAACAACAAAGACGAGUGUGACAAGUUCACAGAGUUUUUUACAGAGAACAUCUGCCUCCGUAAUGCCAUCCAAGCUUUUGGGAAUGGAACAGAUAUUGGGAUUGGACCGCAAAUAUCUCCAGUCCAGACCACCACCACCAUCACCACACCCAACCAUAGAAAAAUUAUUGACAGCACCAGCAACAACUACAUUAAUACAGACCCAAACAUCUACCAAUUUUGUGGCAAUUUACAGGCUCAGAAGUUGAAGUCAAACUCAACUAUUGAUGUCUGUUCAUCGGAUCCUCUGGCUCCUAAGGUAGAUGAUCCAAGUGCAUCCAGUGCCAUCCUGAAAGACUCAGCUGUCUGCAGACAGCUUGCUGGCCUCAACUAUCUGCUGCCCCCACUUCUCUGGAUGUGGUACCUCAGCUUCACCUCACUAGGCUCAUUGUAGCCUUGCUGCUUCAAAGCAACAGAUUACUAUGGACUGAAAUACACAUUUGUAUAAAUGAAAAGCAAAGGUGGAAAUUAUAUCCUUUUUUUUUUUCAAUGCUACUUGUUACCCUAGUUUUUUCUUUAAUUUGAUCAUUUUUUUAGGGAAUUUUUUUUUGGAAAUUAUUGUUUGUUUUGGUUUGUUUGUUGGUUGGUUUUGCAUUGCAGCUUAGUGCUAAAAUAGUGAUUUUAUUAUUCAUGUUUAACCUGUUUUAACUAAAUGUUCACAAUGAAAAGGUAUUUGUUUAAAUCUUUUAUGUCUGCUGCUUUUGUGAGCAGAUUCAAUAAAUCACACUAAGCACUACAUUCCACGAAUCCACUAGUGGUGACUCUUGGAACAUAAUGUAAAUUAGCAUCGAUUUUCAGAGUAAUUUUUUCACCUGUCUGUUUGUUGAGGCUAUUGGUGGGAUAUGUUGAUUAAAAGUCACUGUAAAUUCAGAAAAGGCUAUAUAUUAUAAUUUGGGCAGCUUUUUUGGUGUUAUUCCUCUGUGAUUUGUGUAUGUUUCAAUAAUAAUGUGAGCCAAUAUUCUAUAUUUUUAUGAACUUAUUAAAAGGUUCACAUACACAGAAAAAGCCUCUACAUUUAUAUUGAAGAUUUAAAAUAUCAAAAAAGUUGCGACAUCUUUGCCCAAACUGUCUUUACUGUACCUAAUAUUGGACACAAAAUGCCACUGACAUAAGCACACAGGGCAAAGUCCCACAUGCAAAUACUGCACACUUCACACACUCAGAUAAAAAGAAGGAAAAAAACACACGCAUACAAACAGUGUCAUGCAUUCUAUUCUCAGUUUUUCUGCCUAACUGUACACAGUUAUUACAGGAGUGUGUCCGACUGGAUAGCUGAAUCCACUAAUCUGUGAUUGCACAUCUCUAGACUUCAUGCCAUGUUUCUUCAAUGUAAAGUGACAAUAAAACACCUGAUUAACCAAUGUUCUGUUUAAAUGUGAUGAUAGUUGCUGCUUUAAGCCCUAAAAAAAGCAAAAAAUUCAACAGUUGGACCUGCUCUGAAACUUAUAGUUUCAGAGCAGGUCCAGAUAUCUCUGGUUUAAUCAAUGCAAGGCUCAGAGCUUUCACCAAUCUUUCCUAGCGAUUUUAAUUUACAGCUAGAAUCAUUACAAAUGAGCUAUGUGGAGAUAUUCUGACAAUGUGAGAUUUUCUGUAACAGAUCAGAAAUUAUUAUAAUGGAUUGCCAAAUUUAGUUGCAAACAAUAGUGAGGAAUUAAAAAAUACAUGUUUUCACAGCUAUUAUAGCUGUCUAUUUUUUUUGGCAAAUAAAUAUUCUGCCCUGUGUGUUUUACACAAGCCAACAAAUUUAGGUGGUUUACUCCUAAAUUACAGCAGCUACAUUCAAACCAUUUUUGCAGGAGUUUUUAGCAAUUUAUCAGAUUUCCUUUGUAAAAUUUGCAACUCAUGGAUUUGUGUGUGUUUCUGUGUAUCCAGAAAGAAAAGUCAUUAUAAUCAUUCAGUUUUCAGAGGCAUCAGAACGCCUAUAAGACUGGACAUGUACGUUUUUUUUUUGAUUAUCCUGAGAAAUUUAUCAGGAUAUUCACAUUGUAGCAUGUUCAACUCAUCACUUCUAGUGUUUAAGUGUAGACAUAAUGUGGAGCAUUUAAAACUUGCUGCUUUGGUUUAUGUAGCUUCUCAAACCACAGCUGAUGUACAGUAAAGCUUUAAUGUUACGAGGAUAAACAUGGAAUAUGCACUGUAUGUACUUGGUUAAAAUUGGACAAAGAAUUUGCUGAUAUUCUAUUACAGAGCUUUGUGAGCUAAUUUGACAUUCAGAUACAGCUUAACUACAAAUGUGUUUUAAUAAUAACUUAGAUAUAUGCCUAUCCUUGUAUGUACAUGGGUAUAAACUAAAUUUGCAUCCAAGAAAGAGAAUAUCAGUGUAACACUCCUGUAUUUAAAAAACCAAACUGUUUGUACCAUAUUGCAUUUAUAAAGAUCCUUUAGUCGGCUGUGAUUAGUUUUUGUUUGUUUUUUUCUUUUUGGCAAAGAUUUACAUUUAUUUUUCUAUUUUUUUACCAAUUUGUUUUUGUUUUGGUGAGCUAAGUAAAUUAAAUGGAUCUGUUCUUUUUCAUGAUGCUAGGAGCCGCUAUCGAAAUUAUUUUGGGUUAACUGCUAAUAGUUAUGUGAUGACAAUAAUUAGAACAUGAGGCAAAAAAUAACUAUUUGCAUGAUAUUUCUUAAGAUAAAUAAAUAUUUAAAGGGAAAUAUGUUGUAUACUAUUGUAUACAACAGAUUUAUAUAACAUGUAAUGUUUAUAUACAACAUAAAUUUGGACUCUAAAGAUAGUUGUUGUUGUCGUAGUUGAUCAGAGCUGGCAAGGAUGGAGGAAUAAAUUCUCACGAUGAAAGUUUUUUUUAAUUUAACAAAAAAUGUUGAGUUGGUUCACCAAGCAACAAUGCUCCAAAUUAUUUAUUUUAGAUUCAUUUGUUUUAUAUUUAAACCCCAGUGUUUUAUCUUCACGAACUAUGAAACGAUUUUUAUUUUAAAAUCAGUUUUAUAGUUAGUGUAACUUUAGGACUAAAGAAGGCAAACAUAUUUGAUGUCCUUUGACAAACCAUCUGUUUAAAAUGACCAGUAAUGACUUUUAUUCUUGGAGAUGCAUACUCCUUCAAACUGUCCAGCAUCAGUAACUUCCUAGCUUGUGAAAAAUGUAAAAUUUAUUGUACAAAAGUUACAAUUAAAAAUGUGACUUCACA